UAACUGGCGCGGCGACUCUAUCGGUACUUAACUGGUGGAGCCGCAGAAAGCGGACAGUCGCUGUCAACGUGCUGUCGCCGGGACCAUGCGCUCAGUCUGGGGUUUAUUUGCGGUGGUUGCCGCGGCAUCUUUCUACCUCUACCUCCUGACAGUGUGUCUACCGCCGGGUCCGCCACGCGUCCGGUGUCGCGACAGUGCCGGAGUUACGCAGGAGGAAGAGCGCAGGCUGCAUUUCCCGUCGGACCUGGAAGAGCUGCGAGACCUGGCUGAGCUGUUGCAGUUCUAUAAGCAGCAGCAUCCAGGCUACGUGCUGCUGCUCUUCUGCAGUGCCUACCUCUACAAGCAGUCCUUCGCCAUCCCCGGCUCCUCCUUCCUGAACAUGCUGGCGGGGGCGCUGUUCGGGCCCUGGCACGGGCUCCUUAUCGCCUGCACCCUCACGACUGUGGGCUCCACUAACUGCUACCUUCUCUCCCGCACGUUCGGGAAGCACCAUGUCAUCCGUCUCUUUCCUGACAAGGUGCUCCUGCUGCAAAAGAAGGCAGAAGAAAACAGAAGUAGUUUGUUCUUCUUCCUGCUUUUCCUGCGUUUUUUCCCAAUGACGCCCAACUGGUUCCUGAACAUCACAUCUCCUAUCCUCAACAUCCCCAUCCCCAUAUUCUUCCUCUCUGUCCUCAUCGGCUUGAUCCCCUACAACUUCAUCUGCGUGCGGACUGGGGCCGUCCUUUCUGAGAUCGCGUCCUGGACGACAUCUUCUCGUGGGCGCACUCUCUUGCAGCUGCUGCUGACCGCUGGCGUUUGCCUUGCUGCCCGGUGCUCUGAUCGCUACUGCAGUCACUCCCGCCUUAAACUGGACGGACCUGGAGCCCAAUGGCAAUAGCCCUCACCCAGACAACGACCGCAAAAACAGACGACCUGGUGGAUGGCCGCAGGGCUGCAGCACUGCAGUGGUUUGUGUUCGCCGGAGUAGUUCUCUGAACG